ACCUACUCAUAUCAAUACUAAAAUGUCGAUGAUGGGAGUAGACGAAGAAGACCGCAAACUUUUCUGCGGCGGCCUUCCUCAAGAGUGCACACAGGAUGACCUCAAGGAAUACUUCGGCAAGUAUGGAGAACUUGAACGUGUUCAGCUGAAGAUGGAUCCUCAGACCGGUAGAAGCAGGGGCUUUGCUUUUGUUUUGUUCAAAGAGGUUGAGAGCCUUGAAGCCGCAUCACAGGACGAACACAGUAUCAAGGGAAAGAAAGCUACCGUGAAGAAGGCCGAUGUUAAACCCGGCAAGAUCUACCUUGGUAAACUACCCGAGUCAGGACUCAGUGAGGAUGAGAUCAAAACCUUCCUAUCAGAGUAUGGUACCGUGACUGAGUUUAUCCGACCUAUCGACAAAAUGAACGGAAAUGCUCCCAAGAACUUCUGCUUCGUCACCUUCGACAAGGAGAGAGUGAGCAAGAAGUUGAUCCAGCAGGGGAACAUUGUCAUUCAGGGACACAAGCUCAUGAUAAAGGAGGUCACUCCCAACCCACGUGACCCCAACUCCCGUGGAGGUAUGAGAGGCGGAGCCCGGGGCGGAUAUGGAGGUGGGUAUGGCGGCGGAUGGGGAGACCAGAGCGCUGGAUAUGGUGGCGGAUGGGGUGCUGAUCAGGGAUACGGUGCUUCCGCCUGGGGUGCUGACGCAUCUGCCGGAUAUGGUGGUGGAUACGGAGGUGGAUAUGGUGCGGCGGAUGGUGGAUAUGGAGCAGCUGCCGGAGGUUAUGCAGGCUACGGAGGCGGCGGUAUGGGCGGAGGAAAGAUGCGCGGCGCACCCCGUGGUGGUGGCGGUAUGGGCGGAGGACGAGGUGCUCCCCGUGGACGUGGGCGUGGAACUCCCUACUAGGAGGCGUGUCCUAUCGAUCUGCUAGGAGUAUAGUUGGCUACCUGUAAAUUAAACUCUUGCGUUUAUACCUUUUUGUGAAACUUCCAUUUUUCUCAUUAUUUUAGUUGAUGUGAGUUUGUCUUUAUCUUGUACCGACCAUUUUUUGAACCCGUAUAAAAUACAGUAUUGAUUUGAUCAAUGAAUUAUUUCUUCUCAAAAUAAACAUUUCCGGUCACAUA